AGAAGCUGCACCAGCCCCAGGUGGCAGCACAGAACAUGGCCCCAGUGGAGCACGUGGACUCCCUGAAUCUGACAUGCAUUUCCCUGAACAAGGACGUGACCAUCCGCUGGUUUCAGAACCUUGAGGAGAUUCGGGAAGGAGAUGGCCUAGCAAUGUCACACGAUGACAGAGUCCUCACCAUUCCCACAGUCACACGCAAUGACUCCGGCACCUACCAUUGCGAGACCAGGAACCACCUGGGAUCCAGCCUCAGCGAAGCCCUCAAGGUCGAGGUGGUCUAUGGCCCUGACUUGCCUGCAGUGACGACACCAGACUCUGAUUUUGUGAUUGGUUCCAACCUCACCCUCCUCUGUUCAUCUGACUCCCAUCCUCCUGCCCAGUACAAGUGGAGUAUCAGCGGGAUCCCUGGACCCAAUGGCCAGACCCUCUUCAUUCCCAGUCUCUCCAGGACACACUCAGGAGUCUAUACCUGCGCAGCCUCAAACCCCAUUUCUGGCUUUCAGAGCAGUGUGGACACCAGCAUCACUGUGUCAGAAACACUUCCACAGCCCAACAUCACAGUCAGUAACUUGUCCCCAGUAGAGCAUGUAGAUUCCAUCAGCCUGAAGUGUCUGCCCCCACGGAGCACUACGAGGAUCCAGUGGUACAUCAAUGGCCAGAACCUCUUCACUCGGGGUUACACGGAACUGUCGCCAGACCACAGGACACUGACUCUGUGGAACAUCACCAGAAAUGACACAGGACACUAUCAGUGCGAGAGCUGGAACUCAGCCACCAGUAGCAUCAGCAACUCCACUCUUGUCAAAGUCAUAU